AUGCGAACACGGAAAGCGUCGCAAGAUGAAAGAUUAAAACACUUAAGAUGGCUACUCGUAUUUGUUGUUGGAAAAGCAGGAACUGGAACGAACGACGAUGAAUUGAAUAUCGCUGAAGCUCGACAACACAACGAUAUGUUGAUUGGAAAUAUCACAGACAACUACAUCAAUCUUAUUCUUAAAGUAUACAUGGGUCUGCUUUGGGCGAGCAAAUUUGAUGUAAAAUAUACAUUCAAAGCAGACGACGAUGUUUACGUGCGCAUACCGCGCUUGUUGGAGUAUUUUGUGAACGCGAAAUUUCCAAGACCAUUUUACGGAGGCCUGAUCUACCCUCGCAGCGAAGUGCAUCGCAAAAUUGGAGUAAAAUGGACAAUAAGUUAUAAAUAUUAUAGUGAAACAUAUUUUCCAGAGUUCAGUCGUGGCCCAUUCUACAUUUUAUCAAGCGACCUUUUCGACAAAUUGUUCAACUAUGUUUACGUUAGAAAACCCUUCCACCUUGAGGAUGUAUAUGUCGCUUUAGCGAUGCAUGAUUCUAACAUCAGCACAACUAACAUUGACUCGUUCCAAUUGUCAUCGGAAAUGGCUAGCUACGUACUAGAAGGAAACAUACAAAACUGUGAAAUGCUAAGUUGGAUUGGAUUCGGUCAUUACAUGGAUCCAAAGGCGAUUAAAAAACUUUAUCUGCUUUUACAGUCGCAUGUGUGUAAGAAAUUACAUUGGAUGUUGACUAUCAUCGUUGCAACAAGACUGGAUGAGGUCUUUAAUGUUAGGAAAUUACCACUGGAUGAGGUCUUUUAA